GCGGAAGAAGAGGAUAAAAUUGCUUAGCAAUUUUUAUUUUAUUAUAACUUAAUAAUAAUGUGAAUUGACAGCGUCUUAUUUAGUUUUAAGGUCUCAAAGACUAUGGGAAAGUCUGUAAGGUCUUCAUUAUGAACCCGAUAUAACAAAAAGGCAUUUUGUUGUACUUGGAAUUGUACUGUUUAUGGUUUGAAGAGUGUAUAAAUGUGAAAUACUAUACUUAAAAUUGACAUAUUUAACCUGAUACAAGUUGGUGUGUGUGCUGUAUAAUGAUGGCAGGAGCGAUACUGGCAGAACCUCAAGCUAUGGCUAUUGCAAGAACACCUGAAGAAUUAGGAAGAAAAAGUCAUUCCAAAGAUGAACAUGGCAUUGAUUACCGAAAAAUACCAAGAUCAAGCGGUGAUGGCAUGGAGCACAGUGGAAAUGGAACAGAACGCACAAACCACCCCAAGAAUGUCCAACAAUCUCAUCAUAUUUACAAGGCCCAUAAAGRGAAAAAGGAAUCAGUUCAAAUGUUUGUUACUGGGCAAGAAGAACAACAAAAGGAACAAACUUUAUCUAGUAUAUCUGAAGUGUCAGAUAGACAAAAAUCUGAAACUGACUAUACAAGAAAGACAGUUCAUAAAAUUGAAAAUGAUUAUAAACACUUUCAAGAGAUUCAAAGGAGGAAGGAUCUACCAGAUAUAUCAAUGCUUGUGCAGGAGAACGAAGAAGAAUUUCUGUCGGUAAAUAAAACUAUGUUAAAGGAACAAGAGAAAGAACUAGAUGAUCAUGGCUCGGAGAUUGGGCUUAUGUUGUCAGAUCUUGAUUAUCCAAUGCCAGAGAAUGAAACAUUUAAUACUAUCACUGAUGAAUACAGGGAAGACAUGGACAAUAAUAGAGAUAGCAAAUUCUCCUACACUGAGAUGCAGGGCGUGAUCAGGGAUCUUGAAGAAAGAAAUGCAAAACUUGUAGAGGAGAAGACAAAACUAUGUGUACAACUGGGGCUUCAAACACAGGUGAAUUCUGACAUUAAAAAACUAUUGGUUGCUGCAGUUGGAGAUGAUUUAGAUAACAGCUUGGAGGGCAUAUUGAUGAAAAAUGCUCAGAGUGCUGUAGAGAUAAGGCACUGGAAGACUCUAUCAGAAGAAUAUGCAGAGGAAUCAGACAAGCUUGCCAUAGAAUGUGAUGUGUGGAGAACUAAAUUCAUGGCCAGCAGGAUGAUGUCAGAUGAAUUAACAAGCUGGAGAACAACUCUUUAUGCUAAAUACAAACAGACACAAAAUGCCUUACAAAGAAUUUUAAAUGAAAGAGCAGAGCUAAAGAAACAUUUAGUUACAACUAAAAGGCUUCUCCAUUCGCUUGGAUAUCUUAUAAAAAGUGGCAAUAGCUCAUACAAAAGUACAGAAAUACUUGAUGAAGCCCACAGCACACAUCAACAAAGUGUUCUGGAGCUGGCGUCAAUAACUAGUUGUCUGGUUCAUGAUUUAGCAGUACAGGUACAGGAUUUGUUCAGCAGUUCAUCAAUCCCAGCUGAAGCACUUUCAUUAACAGAGGAAGCAGAGAAGCAAACUGUAGAGCCUACUCCUGCUGAGAAAUUUGCUAUCCAAGUUCUUUCAUCUGAUGUUGAACUCCACACAGAAGGACAACAAGAAGAAAGCACAGUGAUGAAGAGAAUGGGCAAGCAGUACAUUGGGAACAGCUACCAGAGUAGACUAAUGACCAACAGCUUUAGAGUGACAUUUGACUGCUGUGAUAGAUGUAAAGGCGCAGUUGUAGUAGUUUAGUUCCUCAAAAUUGUAUAGAAAAUAUCCAUAACUCUAUCUAUUGAUAAGGAAGCUUGAAUUUCUUAGGGUUGAGAAGGCCUAAUAUAUAUGUAUAUAUAUAUUCUUUUGGGAAAACUCCAACACGAGCAUUAAACACUUUUAAAA